UAAAAAAAUCAGCAACGAUGGCCUUGAUAAGACUGGCAAGACAACUUGGACUGAUCGACGUCAUUUAUGCGGAAGGAGCCCGACCAGACCCGGCCAACGACCCCGAAGAGUCCUUGAACGAGGACGAAAUCACAGCUGCCGCCAGUACAGUGCCCCUGAAGACGAAGAAGUCGAGAAAGAGCAAACCGUUGGCCAUGCAACCGUACACGUAUGUGAUUGCCGUGGACUUUGAGGCCACGUGCUGGGAGAAGCAAGCUCCUCCGCAGUGGCGAGAAGCGGAGAUUAUAGAAUGCCCAGCCGUUCUUGUCAAUCUGAAGACAGGGAAGAUUGAGGCCGAGUUCCACAAGUACAUCAUGCCCAUUGAGUCGCCGCGGCUGAGCACCUACUGCACCGAGUUGACGGGUUUUCAGCAGAAGACAGGGGACGGCGAAGUGCCCCUGCAGACGGCUCUGAUGAUGUUCCACGAGUGGCUGCGCAAGGAGCUGCGAGCCCGCAACCUGACGCUGCCCAAGAUGAACAAGUCCGAUGUGCUGGGGAACUGCGCCUUCGUCACCUGGACAGACUGGGACUUUGGCAUAUGCCUGGCCAAGGAGUGUACUCGCAAGCGGAUGCGCAAGGCCUCCUACUUCAAUCAGUGGAUCGACGUGAGAGCCAUCAACCGGUCCUGGUACAAGUACCGUCCGUGCAACUUCAGCGACGCCCUCUCCCAUGUGGGGCUGGCGUUCGAGGGCAGGGCCCACUGGGGCAUCGACGAUGCCAAGAACCUGGGCGCUCUUAUGUGCAAGAUGGUGAUCGAUGGAGCGCUCUUCUCGAUCACCAAAGACCUGACGCCAUAUCAGCAGCUCAACGCCAACUGCGUAUUGUGAGCUCGUCCAGCCGCCAAUCCCUCAAAGAACUAUUAUUAAUAAUUAUUAAUAUUUCAAACGCCAGAAAGAUAUGAUUGGUACCAUAAUGUGUGUAGACCUGAGAGCUAAAGAUAUUGAUUGAAAUUUAAAA